AUGAGUGCACGCAAGGUAAAUGGCAACAAGUAAACUAAAAUAUCAUUGGGUGAGAUUGACGAUAUGUUCAACGAUGCUGAAUUCACCCAGGCCAUUAAGGACGUAUUCAAGAAGUAAUCCAACACAGCUCGCAAUGAUUGGCCAACCCAAACAACCAAUAUGUUUUAUUAGAAGGCCACCAUUUCUCAGAUCAUGAGAUAGAGAGCCAAGGGAUCCCUCACAGGAACAAUGUGUCCAUCAUUGAAGAAGGAGGAACGGAAAUCUAGAUGGGCCAGUUUAAUAGGGGAGGGUCGAACAGAACAUCGCAUUAGGGUACCAUCUGAAACAGAGAAUAUUCCAAUAUGUGCUUAAUAUGAAUAGUACAGUUACCUCUGUAGAGAGCAUGAAUAGUUGAUUUAAAAUUUGAGCGAAUUGCCUCAAUCCAUCAAAAUGAUGCUCUAUUCAAAUCAGUACGAGGUUCAACGAGCCAAGAUGUGUGAAAACAAGACCAUUUUAGAUGAAAAGUUCAUCUUUACACUAUUCAACACACUCUAACAGUUGGACAAACAAAUAAUCGAACCCCUACAUUAAUAGACCAGACCUGUGCUUAAUUUCAAGAUGCACUUUGUCUAAAAUGCUGUGAAUCUGGUCUCUGACACUAUGGUGCAGAGUGUUCGAGAAGCCUUGAAGCAUGAUACCAGAUUGGGGAUAUUUUUGGAAGGCUUUUGCAAAUUCUGGAUCGUCUUGAUUGACAUCUAAUUGCAAUGGAUGGGCAAGAGUUGUGCCGAUUACAUUGAGACUCAGGUCAAAGAGUUCAAGGAGCAAUUCAAAUAGGCUGUGGCUCAGAAGAUCAAAGUUGAAGAUUAGAUGAUCUAGAUGGAUAAGGAAUUCAAAGCUAUGGAAGCGUAAUACAUUCGUAAGAAUGAAUACUUAUAAUAACAGUUAUUGUCAGUCUAACAGGAAUUUCAAGAUUACAUUGUGACAGUCCAAUAGAUGAGUGAUCUCAGAAUUGCCGAAGAGAGAAUGAACUCAGUUGGCUUAAAGGCUUUGGAAUUGGAGAGCAUGUUCAAACAAUAUGACAAGGUGGUCGCCCAACAUUCCUUCGUCUUCCAAAAGGACAUCAAGGAAUUGGGCAGUGCUUUAAUUAAAUAGCAGAAGUUGAAUCAACCUCUUCCGAUGAAACAUCAAGAAGCACAAGUUCGAUUGGGAUGUCACAAAUUGCAAGAGGAGAACUACCAACUGUAUUACUUGAACUCUGUAGGCAUAUUUAUGCAAGUCCAUCCCUUUCAAAUACCAUUUGAAGUCAAUAAGGAAUUAGAAAUGGAUUACUCAACCCUCUUAUGUAACUUCUUGGAUUACCUGACUCAAAUCGGAGAUUUCCUAAAUCAUGUUUGUAGGAUCUUUAUCGAUUGGGUUGGCGAAGAAGAGAAACUAAAUGCCAUUUUGACUUAUCUUAGCGAAUGCGAUCUCGAUUAACCCAUCAAUCAAUUGUAUGCAAUCAUUUUUGGAAUCCGAGAGCAUCGUUAAUUGAGUUCUGUAUCUCUAAAGAAAGUACUCAAAUACUAUAAAGAAUUGCAGGAACAACACGAGUAUCAACUCAAUGAGUGUUUUACGAUCAAAGAUGCAUCUCCCUAUUUCUAAUUACUAUUUUCAGAGGAAUUCAAUGAAAAGGUGUAUAAUAGUUAGAAAUCAUAAAUGACUCUGUUGGAAUUGCUAUUGAUGUUAGCUCAACAUUUCCUAAUGAUUGAGAACAAAUAAUGGACUGGAUGGAUCUACAAAUAGGAGAUCCAAUCUGAGGAUUUGGAUAUGAAUGUGAUCAAAUAAUUCAUUGAGUUACGUAGCCAAUUGAAUCGGCCACUAGAAGAAAGCCUUGAAUUGGUGAGACAACUCUCCCUACUCCAUCCUGAAUUAUUUUAUAAGAGCAAGCAAGUCCCACAAGAGCGAAUGAAAGCAUCAGCGCGUAAAGUGCAACGUAAAAACUCCCAAAGAUCUCCUCUUAAGAGAUCGAGUAUUAUGAUUAAAGCUAUUAAUCUAAAAAAGUGA